AAGUAGAAUCGCUAAGAGGCCACGCACAAUCCUGCAGGAUGAGGAGGCUAAGAUGUUCUUGGAGCUGUGUGAAACCCCUAAUCAUCAUUCUCACGCCACUGUCAUUGUUACCGCUGCCAUUGGUCAUCAAGAGAAAGGAAGCAGAAUGUGCGUACAUCCUGAUAUUAAUGGCUGUGUACUGGAUGACGGAGGUCUUGCCUUUAUCCAUAACGGCCUUACUCCCUGCACUGCUUUUCCCUCUGUUUGGAAUCAUGAAGUCCUCCCAGGUUGCAUCCGUGUAUUUUAAAGACUUCCAUUUGUUGCUGCUUGGAGUCAUCUGCCUUGCAACAGCCAUUGAGAAGUGGGGUCUUCACAGAAGGAUUGCUCUCAGAUUGGUUACUGCGAUUGGAGUCAACCCUGGCAUGUUGAUGUUGGGGUUCAUGGUUGGCUGUGCUUUCCUGUCCAUGUGGUUGAGCAAUACUUCAACUGUGGCUAUGGUGAUGCCAAUUGUGGAAGCUGUGAUACAGCAGGUAUUGGAUGCAGGAGAAGAGUCCAGCAAAGACCACAAGGGGGCGUUAAAUGGCAUCGCCAACCCUGCCCUACAGCUUGACGAUAUUGAGGUCCAGUAUGAGCAAACUGAAAAGAUAAAAAGCAUAGAAGCAGGCAUUGUGGAGCCAAUUCAAACAGUCCAGACUGAAGCUCCUGAGGAACCUGAAACUGUUAAGGCACCAACUCCACAGUCAAAUGGAAAAUACAGGACCCGUGAAGAUCACAUGAUGUGCAAAGGCUUGUCACUUUGCAUUGCCUACUCCUCAUCCAUUGGAGGGUUGACCACCCUGCCAGGGACCUCUACAAACCUCAUCUUUUCUGAAUAUAUUCAUCAGUACUAUCCAGAAUGCAAGACCAUUAAUUUUGGGAACUGGUUUGUACUUUGUCUUCCCAUCUGCAUAAUUAUGCUGGUUUUGUCAUGGAUAUUCCUGCACUGGAUGUUCCUGGGAACCAACUUUCGUGCCAGUCUGUGCUCCAGAGAACAGUCAGAGGCAGAAAAAAACACUGCCAAAUUGCUGAAGAAUCAAUACAAGUCACUGGGGCCCAUAAGACCCCAGGAGAUUAUCAUCUUGGUUAUCUUCAUUCUGAUGGCCAUUUUAUGGUUUGUGCGAGAGCCAGGCUUCAUGCCAGGCUGGUCAUCACUGUUCGCUGAUUACCGAGGCUAUGCUACCGAUGCCACUGUAGCGCUGUUGCUGGGUGUAAUGUUUUUUAUCAUUCCCUCGCACAAACCAAAUGCAGAUCGCUACGAUGCCUUGAUAACAUGGAAGGAAUUUCAGGCCUGCAUGCCAUGGGAGAUCUGUCUCCUUGUGGGUGGGGGUUUUGCUUUGGCUGAAGGCACAAAGAUUUCUGGUUUAUCAUCUUGGGUAGCUGAAUUGCUGACCCCUUUGGGAAAUCUCCCUCCUUUAGCCACCGUCACCAUCGCCUGCCUUAUUGUCACCUCUAUCACAGAGGUGGCCAGCAAUGCGGCCACAAUCACAAUCUUUAUGCCUAUAUUGGCACCCUUGGCUGAGGCAAUUGGAGUGAACCCUCUGUACAUGCUGAUUCCCACAGCCCUCUGUGUUUCUUUUUCCUUUCUGCUUCCAGUUUCUAAUCCUCCUAAUGCCAUUGUCUUCACUUAUGGCCAUCUUUCAAGCAUGGACAUGGUGAAGGCUGGGCUGGGUGUUAACGUUAUAGGUGUUCUUACAGUCCUAUUAGCUCUCACAACAUGGGGAACACCUCUACUUAACCUGGACACCUACCCUGACUGGGCACCAGUGGCAAAUGUCACUGGAGUAUGA